AUUGGCAUAGGUAUUUGUCUCGUUUACAGUGCAUAUGAUAAAUGUUAUAUUUUAAUAUUUCUGAAUAUUAUAAUCGUACGUAACAUUUCAUAAAUGGCUUCUUCGUAUUAGAUCGUACUGAAUUAAGCAGGGUUAAGUUAGCAAAAAAAAAAAAAAAAACUGUAUUUUUCCGCCUUCUCUGGGCUCCAUCAACCAAUGAACAGUUGCAAGUGUCGUGGGUUUGAAAACAAGUGUUGAUUUAGUAUUUGAACUUUAGACUUUAUCGAGGGGAGGGUUUGAACGUCGGAGGGCUCGCUGAAAGCAAAAACUUUUUCCGCGAUUCAGAAAGGAGAAACUGAGAGCCCUGCAAACAGCAGGAAAUUAUCUGGCUGUGACUAUAUACAGUUUGAACUAUGUGGACGAUGGGAGAGCUGUGCGUACAACAGGUGAUACGGCGCCGGAGGGUUUACCUGAGAGACAGAUUUCAACAUUGAUAAAAGUGGCUAUAAAGAGGGUGGUUUUCUCUAAGUUAUGUAAGCCUCCCUCGAUUCGGAUCUUAUCUAAGUAAAUCACUUCCCAGGGAUCCGCCAGUAUGUAUGAGGGGCCCGUCAGCUAUGAGGAACAUUUUAAUGACCCUACGGGAGAAGCAGCACUGCCCUCGGAAGCACCGAACGACUCGGACUGUGAAGCUUCGGGCAGUAACGCAAGCGAUGCAUAUUCCCCUAAAGGCAGGCUAACGUGCCAGUUCCGCUCAAAUUUGGAGGAGCGGCUGUCAAGGCACGGGGCUCGACCCGCGUCUCCCGCGUUUGGCGCCUCCUCGCGCAGAACCAGAUUUCAGAAACAGCUGGAGGAAUCGGGCAGCAGCGCCUCCCGCAGACUGUCGGUGGACGCGUCGGAGAAGGGCUCGCUCACCCCCGCUAUGCGCAAGAAGUACCUGAAAGAGUUGUUUUUGAGUAACAAGUCUGGAUUGUCGAGCAUUUUAUCAUCCAAACACAAAUCUUCAGGAGAAGAGGAGGCUCCGUAUGGGGACACUUUGAACAGCGGCGCGCUCUGGGCUCUGGAUCCUAUGGAGCACGCUUGGAUGCUUUCAGUUGUGGAUGGAAAUUAUGACACUAUGCUGGAAUUUCUCGCUGAAGAUCCCAGCUUGUUGAGCAGAAAAGACUUUAUCAGUGGUUUCACGGCUCUUCACUGGUUGGCCAAAAAUGGAAAGGACGAGACACUGAUUCAGCUUCUCGGGCAUGCAGAAAAAGUGGGGCUGUCAGUGAAUGUGAACUUGAGAGGCAGCGGAGGUCUGACGCCUCUUCAUGUAGCUGCCAUGCAGAACCAGUACACAGUCGUGAAGGCUUUGGUCGGUGCGUUCAGUGCUGAUGUAGACGUCAUGGACUACAGUGGGAAAAGAGCAUGGCAGUAUCUCAGAGACGACGCACCGACAGAAAUGAAGGAGCUUCUGGGAGCUUGGGAUGACGAGCACUCUGUGGGGUACUUGAAUGCAAACAACAGCGCGAGUCAAGCACAGCCAGCUGAGGAACACACUCAAGAAAGCAGAGUGGAGAUGGACGGGUCGGGAGGAAUCACACGCCACAGAUUCUCGUCCUUUAGGAGGCUGUUAUUCAGUGUCGGUCUGCUUGAAAAAAUCUGAGACUUUACCAAAAUCAUGUUUCCAGGCCUUUAUUGUUACUCACUUGAAAUCUGCUCCUUCGUGAAUAAUAAAGCUUGAUAAUUGUUUUAACUUUGUAACGUUGCUAGGUAUUACGUGAUGAACUUGAAUCUUUUUAAUAAACCAAGAUGUAA